AUGUCCCUUAAGGGUUUGAAUAGUCAUAGAUAUGAGUCAACAAGAAACUUCAAAAAGAACCAAAAAGCCAAAAAGAAAACAUUUGCUAAACCGGGAUCGUUAUCAUUCUUGGCAAAUAAGAAACGACGGUUAUUGACAACAAAUGAAAUUAUUAAAGAAAUAGAGUGCAAGAAAGGACAUCUGCUCAAAUUAAUUGGAGCAGAACAAUCAGUAGCACCACAAUCUGAAGCAAAAAGACAAUCUAUCGAGGAGUUGCCUUUUGAAAAUCAGCCUGUCGAGGAGCUGCCUGUUGUGCAGCCUGUCGAGGAGCUGCCUCUUGUGCAGCCUGUCGAGGAGCUGCCUCUUGACCAGCAUGGAAAAGAUUUUCCUUUCGAGGAUCAAGUGCAAAUGAAUUUUGUCACUCCUCGAACAAAUGAUCAACCUGAAGAACAAGCUGGAGAUGUUUCCACUCCAAAUAAAAGAGGUAGAACGCAAAUGCAUGAUGUUCAUGCCCGAAAAGAACGUAAGUUGAUCAUACUGAAUAGUCAAAAUCAACCCGUUGGUCCUACGGAUGAUGUUGUCAUAGAGGUAAGUAGCUUCCUAGGAACAUUGGCUAGAAAUGCGACUCUUUGCCCAUUUGAUAUAUUGGAUUGGAGGAGCAUGGACACUAAAAACGAUUUAUGGGAUUAUACCAAGGGGAAAUAUAUUAUUCCUGAAGCUGCGUACCAUUGGGCUAUGGUAACAAUUCGAGAUGCUUGGAGAAGACAUAGAAGUGAUUUGAAGCUUAAUUAUUACGAUCCAUAUGACAAUGAUGCAGUUAGAAUGGCAAAAAAGCCUGGUCAUAUUCCAGAAUGUCAAUUUAGAGAGCUCCUCAAAUAUUGGAAUUCUGAAAAAUUCAAGAAAAUGUCUGAAACAAAUGCAAAGAAUCGAAAGAAAAUGAUGAAUCCACAAACUACUGGCAAAAAGAGUUUCGCUUUAGUUCGUAAUAAGCUGGAGAAAGAUAAGGAGACAGUAUCAUCUAAGGAUCUCUUUGUGGUUACAAGAACAAGAAAACCUGGUCGUUUGUACAAGGCCUCAAAUGAAGAUACUACUAGUAAAAUUGGAUGUGUCUGUCUAUAUUUUUUUAUUGAGAUCAAUUAUUUAUUUCAUAAUAUUGUGUUUGUUGGAUAUGCUUUAGUAGGCUGAAAUGGAGGAAAUUGAAAAACAAAUAAGCAUAAAUGGUGAGUAUGUUGAUGCAUUUUCAAGCGUCAUGGGUCCUGAACAUCCGGGACGUCUAAGACUAUAUGGCGCAGGAGUUACAAAGACUACUUUGAAAAAAAAAGUUGGCAAUUCGGAAUCAACUUUAAGUGCAACAACUGAUGGAAUGCAGCAAAUGCAAGAGAGGAUGCAGAAAAUGGAGAAACAGAUGGAGGAACAAAAGAAAAUUGUGCGACAAGAAGUUAUUGCAGAUGUUAUUGCACAACUUAAGCAUGCAGGAUUAAUUGAUCCUAAUAUAUUGGCAACAUUGUCGACUCCUUCACCAAGAGAAUCUACUUUUGUUUAAGGGGCUAAACAAGGUGAUGAAAUCGAAGAAAGGGAUGAAAGCAGUAGUGAAGACUUGACAUAGGAGCUGAAGUAUAUAUUGAUGUAAACUUUAUUGAUGUUCUAGAAAUCAUAUAUUUUUGAAGAUUGAAAAUUCUAUGGCAUGUGUUUCACCU